UCUCUCCCCUCAAGUUUACUUUGCCCUUUGAGGGAGAUGAGUUUCAGCUUCAGCAAACCCGCCGUGAGACGACCAGAGGACCGGGGCAGGAGGUCUUGAGAGCGCGCUGAAACCUACUGGAUUCAGGAUUACCUCCAGACCAUGGACCGUUUGGUGUAGCGGACUGGUUUGCGGAUCCCCGGCUUGUGCGCCCCGACAGCAGAGCGGAGCGCUCAGUCCGGCUCCAGGAGGCUCUGAAGGAAACCAUAUCUGGUCAAAGUAUUCGCUGCUGUCACACUGCGGGACCGUCCGGCUAUAAAUAGCGCUGGAGGAGGUCUGUCUCACUCCCAGACGCGCCGAAGGCACUCUGCUGCCUCUGCUGUUUCCUUCCCUUUAAACCCUUAGCAGGGGGAACCAAGAUAACUUUUCUUCUCACAGACUUCGUCACAGUGUGAGCUCCUGAUUCACGUCGUUUUCUUUCUUCGUUGGAGGGGUUAUUGAGGUGUACGGUCGAUCAUGUCGGUGAUAAAGAAAGAAAUGGACAAGUACAGGGACAUCGACGAGGACGAGCUGCUGAAGAAACUGUCCGAGGAGGAGCUGCAGCGAUUAGAGGAUGAGUUAGAGGAGCUGGAUCCUGACAACGCUCUGUUGCCGGCCGGGAUGCGCCAGAAAGACCAGACAAAGAAAGCUCCGACAGGAACUUUCCAGAGAGACAACCUCGUGGCCCAUCUGGAGAAACAGGCCAAGGAGCAUCCUGACAGAGAAGACCUGGUACCGUACACGGGGGAAAAGAGAGGAAAAGCCUGGGUGCCCAAAAAGAUUGUGGACCCCAUCAUGGAGAAUGUGACUCUGGAGCCGGAGCUGGAAGAAGCCCUGUCUAGUGCUACUGAUGCUGAACUGUGUGAUAUUGCAGCCAUCCUGGGUAUGCACACCCUGAUGAGUAACCAGCAGUACUAUGAAGCCCUGGCCAGCAGCACCAUAGUCAACAAGCAAGGCCUCAACAGUGUGAUCCAGUGCACCCAGUAUAAACCAGUCCCUGAUGAAGAGCCCAACGCCACCGAUGUCGAAGAUACGCUGCAGAGGAUGAAAAGGAACGACCCGGACCUGAUCGAGGUCAACCUCAACAACAUCAGAAACAUCCCCAUCAAGACCCUGAAGGAGUACGCAGACGCUCUGAUCACAAACAGCGUGGUGGAGAGGUUUAGUAUCGUAGGAACCCGGAGCAACGACCCCGUAGCUUUCGCGCUGGCCGAGAUGUUGAAGGUGAACACGACACUGAAGAGCCUGAACGUUGAGUCUAACUUCAUCACAGGAUCAGGAAUCGUGUCCCUCAUAGCGGCACUGCAGAGCAACACGACGCUACAGGAGCUCAAGAUAGACAACCAGAGCCAGCCUCUGGGCAACAAGGUGGAGAUGGAGAUAGCCAGCAUGCUGGAGAAAAACACCACCCUGCUGAAGUUUGGAUAUCACUUCACCCAGCAGGGCCCGCGCCUCCGAGGCUCCAACGCCAUGAUGAACAACAACGACCUGGCCCGGGCCGUCAGGUCAGAGUCGGACGGCUCCUUCACUCUCACUCUGUCCGUGCCCGAGCUGGAGAGAGCCUUCGGGAAAAAGUUCAAGUCCAAGACUAAUAAGAAAGAGAAGGCUUGAGGGAGGACCCAUCUUCCCCAAGUGUCGGACGAAUGUGUAGAAACCAAAGCUACUCUCAGCCCUCUGUUCCUCUUCAACCCCUGCCAUCUUUACAAACCAGACUUGGAUCCCUCCUCGGCCUCACACCCGGCCUCCGCAAGAAGUUCACGAACACCUCGUCAGGUUUCUGUGUUUCUGUUUCUGAGAUGAUCGCUGAACUUUGUCCUGUUUUCAUUUGACAUCAGAGGAGCUCAGUGCAUGCCAAAGGUGAUGUUUUAUACUGUUUUUGUUUCCUGGAGUUUAAAUUUCAUCUUGGUUAAAAACUUCUUUUUAAUCAUUCAUCCUUUAAUAUCUCUUCCUCAAGUGUUACGCAAAGAGGGCUGUAUGUCUGGAGAGCCUCGUGAAAGAUGGCAGGGAACUUAAAGCCAUCCCUGUUUGUAUUUAGGAGUCCAAUGAUGUAUUCUUGUUCAGUAAGAGAGUUGAGUUAUUCCUUCUAAUGUCGCUUCAAGGUUUUCACACUAAGUAUUUUUUACUGAUUGUACUCCGAAGCUGAGGGACGUAGAUUCUUCAGAUAUAGAGUGAUGGAUUUAUAAUCCUAGCUACUGUGAGAUGUGCCGCUUCAUAUUAUCAGAAUAUAUUUAUUUGUGACCGACGUGGGAAAGAGUUAGAGGCUGUUCAAACACGCGACUGUGCUGCUUUGAGUCAUAACUUGGGUAAAGAUGAGAAUGCACGCUCUGAUCACUCUCUGCAACAUUUUACAGAGUUCAUAUCACAAGUUUCUGCAGAGCGUUCCUGCUAGCUAGGAAUAACAAAUGCACGUUUCAGUAACAUCCAAAAAGACAGGUGGUGUGUAGUGAGGGGUGUUUAUGCAAAUUAGAACCAACAGGGUGAGCAGGACUCUUCAGGAUCUCACUAAACAUUAUCCAUCUUACUACCCAGCUACCCACUGAUGGCAUCAACAAGUGAACACAGAUUAUUUAUAAACAGAUGAUUUGAUUGGAUUGAAAAUGAGUGAUUUAUGAAGCUAAAAGAAGCAGUCCCUCAGGUGUCAUGGUUGGUCGUGCUUCAUUGUAGGGAUGUAAGGAUACACUCAACCCACCAUUCAAUUUGAAUCACAAUUUUUGGUUCACUCACGAUUCUCUAACGAUUUUCAAGAUAACAGGAUUGAACUCAAAAUUUGAAUAACUAUUUUAUUUCAAUCCUCAGAUAUGGACAGCUGCAAUAUAUAUUUGUUCUCUUAUAUUCCUUUGUAAAAAAAGUAAUCCUUUUUCAUUUUGAAGGUGUGUUGUAACUCAAAUAAAACCACUGCACACUUUUUUUCAGCACCUUGCAAAAAAACUCAAAAUGAGCGUACAAAAAUACCUUGUUGGAAAAAUUUCAGAACAAUUCUAAAGAAAUGGAAAGUGAACAAUUCCCAAAUGAAAGUAUGAAAUAUUCAAACAAUUAAGGUCAAUCUCUUUAAAUGAACUAAAGAGCAGCUUCUGUUCCUGGCUGUGAAUUGACAUGUUGUUCUUCAGGAAUAUCAGGGAAAGACAAAAUGCUGCCGUACCUCAGACUGUAAACACAAAGGUGCAUCCUGACCUGCUCGGUCUUCACCUGCUGCUGCCAUGUCUGUUAUGAUCAACUCAGCAAGUGACGAGAGAGCAGCGCAAGAGACUUCAUGAACAAGCGGAGUGAAAUGCAGAUAGCGCCCUCUACUGUUUGAAAAUAAUAACACAAUUAGGGAUGGGUACCUUUCACAUUUGAACCGAUACGGUACCGAUACCCGGUACCUGGGAAUCGGUACCGGUACUCAACGGUACCAAUUUUCGGUACCUUUGUGUUUUUAUGUGGUAAUAAAUGUUAAUUAAAAAAAAAAAAAAAUCUCAAAUUUGUUUAAUUUAACAUAUUUAUUUAAUUUAACAUGAAAUGAACAGAAACAGGAUUAAUUAGGUGAUUAGAUAUAUUAGCUGACACGUGCUCGUGGCGUCUAAUUGCUCUUUCAGGAGUUUAUCAAUGAACACACGUGAAUGUCUGCAGACGGGGAAAAGUCAGUUCUCCGUCUCUGUAUAAGAACAGGACACACAGCUUACUUGUUGGGCACUCACACACACAGGAACGGUUAUAAACAGGGCAGGUAGUCGGAGCGAGAGAGUCAGUCUCAACCAUAGACUGUAGAAAAUAAACGUAAUCCUCCUGCUCUGCCUCAUGGUGAGUGCGCGCCCGUCAGCUGCACCCAGAGGAAAAUUCUAAUGCUCAAGGCUUUCUCUUCUAAGUCUCUGGAGACAAAAUUGAGAUUCUCUCUUCAGCCUCAUUCAAGUUUCAAAUUGUUCUCAUUCGUUUCUCUUUAGUGUCUCCUAAAAUUCACUAGGAGAAAUAGUUGAGACUGAUUUGACAGGACAGCUGAAGAGAGACAGGAAAUGUGGGGAGUAGUGAGCGGGGGAAGACAUGCAGGAAAUGGUCGACCGGCCGGGAAUCGAACCGGUGACCUCUACAACGAGGACUGUAGCCUCUGUAUGUGGGGUGCUUAGACCGCUAGGCCACCAGCGCCCAAAAGAAUCCACUCCUUUAAUUGUAAUAAUCUGUCUAAAUCUGGUCGGCCCUUUUGCGGCUCAUAUUUUGGUAUGAAAUCUCUAUCUUUUGCAAUUUCUCUCAAGUCCACUAAAUCUUUGUGAAGUUGUUUUGUUCCAAACAGACUUGUAAAGGAAGGACCAGACUGUGAAGUCAAAGAAGAGAUCAUUUCACAUCUAAAUAUCUGAUCUUGAAGUGGUUCAAAUGUUUUAAUGAGAAUUGUAAGUUUGUGGACAAGUACAUUGAAAUCUUAAUUUUGCAGGGCACUAUAAAUGUUCAUGAAAAGAUGAGCUCAGGCUCUUUCUUUGCUCCAUCUGAGCUCAACUUGAGACUCAAAAACUGAGUCUGACAAAAACAAAUGAGGUUAGAUUGAGAGAGCUCCCUGAUUUCUCCACCUGAGCUCAAAAGGAGUCACAACACUUGAGAAAUACCUGAGAAUCAUUUCAGAUUCUGACCAGAUCUCCUUUUGAACUGAAAGGGAGACUAAGCUGAGACUUUUUGAAACUUUUUUCUGGAGGCAAGAAUGAGAAACAGGUGACAUAAGCUGUAGUCUCAUUUUGCUUUCAAACACAUCUCAUUGUUGUCUAGGAGACAUACAUGAAACACUUUUGAGAUCUCCUCUCUAAAUUUAUUUUCCUAUGGGCAGGCUCCGUUUGGCGCGCUCCCGAGCAGAUGCAGACAGCAGAGACGUCCACCCGAUCAGUCUCUGACUUUAUUACAGGGUGAAAGUAUGGAAACUCGCCGUCUCUUCCACUCACUCACAGUCACAGGGAUGCGUUCAGGUACCGAAACAUGGUAUCGUUUGGUUUUACGUGAGUCAGUACUCGGUAGUACCGACGGAAUUCACUCUGUACCUAUAAAAGUACCGAAUUCGGUACCCAUCCCUAAUCACAAUACACACUUUGUUGAAUCAAUUUUAAUCCACCUUAUUUGUACCAAUUAUUUACCGGCUUGUGAUAUAUCCUUACAUCCCUCCUUCAAUGACAACAGUGUGACCUCAUCAGCUUACUCGCGAGUCAGAUCAUCAUUAAACUUCACAUUUUCAUGCACAGUCAAGUCAAAGCAUUGAUCUGCUUUUGUGUUACAGAUCACAAAAACUGAGCAGAGGUAAUGUUAAACCAUUCGCAUUUUACUACCGACAUUUUGAACUCAUGCAUAAAAAGACUGCAGCACCUGAACAAGGUCGAGUAUGUUGACAUUUCCUCUUCACUGAACCGGUCCUCUGACGCUGUCAAAGCCCGUACCGUGUUCUGCUUUCACGUUGAUCAGCGUCUCCUUAAUUCGGCGUGUGUUGUUCAAUCUCCCUCGCUGUUUUCCUCCUCUUCUCUUCAUGGAUCCAAAGUUUCUAGCUCUCCAUAUAAACCAAAUAUCCUGCAUGUUGUGCAGCCUGCAGAAACGUAUGUUUCUCCACAGUGUCAACAGGUAGCGGUGCAAUGUGCUGCAGCUCUUUAAUCCGAUCUUGCGUGCAUAAUCAGAUUGUUCGUAGCGCCGCUUUUGCUGUUGAGAAUCACUGUUCCAAUGAGGUGUCGACCAAUCAGAAUCAACUUAAUGUAAUAAGUAAGAAAGCAGGGUAAUCAUGUUAUUCAGAAUUCACCUUCACUCACUUCAUAACAACCCAAAGUACUCUAGCUUACUCCAGCUACUGCCUGCAUGGACUUCUGUCAAACUUUCAACCAGGUCUGCCUUGAUGAUAGUGUUAUUUGUAUUUACUGGAGCUUAAAUGUGUGGUUUCAUAUGAAGAGGGCGGGUACUGCUCAACAAAGGUGUCAUAUUAAGUGCCUCAACCCAAGUGUGUAGUUUCUUUAGGGCUGUGAACUCUAACAGCUUCAAUGAUUGUUAGCAGACUGGAUGCAGUUUUUCAAAACCAGCCUCUGAGAGUUCACGAUGGAGCUGGUCUAGCCGAACAUGUCUGUCACACAUGUUUACAUCCUUGUUACCACACGCUGGUAAUGUCAACACUGCUGUAUAUUUUGUAGCACUUCAUUUCAAAUCAACGACACUACAGAGGAAGGGUUGGCUGCUAUCUAACCGGUAACUAGAGGUGAUGUGUGUUGUCGUGUGAGGAAUGAGAAUACACAGGGUCUGCUAUCUGAACUUUAUAUUUAAAGCCGACAGGUGAACCAGGCUGCAGAACCAAAACGAACCCCACGGUACGAUCCACUUUUCCUUGAAGUGCCUGAGACUGACACUCAGUGAUAGAUUUCACAGCAUGUUUCAGGGUCAGAUUACGACAUGUACUGUUAUUAAUAUCACUGCUCUGUUACUGUCCUGUCAGUGCUGUGGGUGUUAAACAGCUGAAUGUAAACUAAUGUGACGCAGUAAGUCACUGAAUGCUGAGGGUAAUGAGGGAAAGGGAACUCCUGCCACUCACAGACUUUGUGUGUCCUUCUCUUCUUCUUUGUUCAGUGUUUUAUUCUCAUAUUUUAGAGCCUGAUUUUGUGUUUUGUUAGAUAGUUCACUUUUUUUGUUUGAUUUUUUUGUUAAAUAAAUAAAGCUUGAAUAGU